AUGACCAUGACCAGCUCCCGACCACCACCAGCAUCACUGGUCCUUCUUCCUCUUGAGAUCCAGCACUGCAUUCUCUCCUACCUCCCAAUUCCAUCACUGCUCACCUACGCUUCGACCAGCCGUCACAGCUUCACCCUAGCCACCGGUGCCCUCACGUCGCUGCACCUUGCCGUGUUCUCCAAGCGCGUGCACGGAGUGCUAGCCUACCUUAACUGCGCCGAAACCGACGUGGGCAGCCUCUCCUACGACUUCCUGCAAGCACCCGCGCAGACGUGGCUGAACCUGCCCAUACGCCUGCCGGAGCAGGACAACCCCGGCCGCCCACGGAGCCGACGGUCUCGCAGCAGCACCACCGUCACGCCAAACGUCUCUCCGCAAGUCUACCGCGAGCGGCAAAUCCACCAUCAAAACGCCCACCUCUCCCGCAUCCUCAGCGCCAGCGUCAUGCGCAACCUCUCCACGCUAAGCCUCCACAGCUACGCGCUCCUGUCGCCCUCCCUGGCAUCCGCCCUCUCCUCCCUCUCACAUCUCCGCCACCUGACCCUCAACUUCAGCCACCCGGCCAUCCACGACCCGUGCCUCCCAGCCUUCUACUGGGCCAGCGCCCCGCCGAUCGAGAAGGAGGGCUGCACGGCCUGGAACCUGCUCGCAGGGAUCGGCGACGCCAACGCCCGCAGCUUGAGGCUGAACGGCCUGCGGUCCCUCCACGUGCGGCGUGCGGCCAUCACGAGCCGCCAGCUGCGGGAGUGGGUGCUGCGCAACGCGGAGCUGCGCGAGCUGUGCCUGGCCAUGGUGACGGGCGUGGACGCGGAGUUCGUCGAGGGCCUCGCCAAGAUGUUCCUGGCUGAUGCGGACCAGGAGCGGCGGGCGGUGUUGACGAGGCUGGAGAUCGAGAACUGCCCGCAGCUGGAGCUGAAGGAGCGGGAGAACUUUGCGUGGGUGGAGGUGCUGCUGGAAUGUGGCUUGAAGGAGGUGGAUUUCAGAAGGUGUCGGGCCGUGGACAUGGACGUGUUGAGGGAAGUUUUUGAAGAGAGGAGGUGGGGGGAGCUGGGGCUCGUGGUGCCGGCAUUGGCCGGGGCGGCGGAUGAGGAUGAGCUCGAGACGAGGAGUUUGGAUCAUGAGACGACUGUCGGCGACUCGAACGGGAAGGGGAAGGGACCCGCGAUCGAGAUAGAUCCCAACUUCGAUUGA